AUGGGGACACAAUGUAAACAACCCACUUUCCACUUCCGCCCGCAACUUUGCAACUGCGCCCGCUUCAACAUUCGCCUUGAUGAAGCCGUCUCUGGCGACGACGACGACUCAUCCAAAAUAAUGUCAUCCAUCGCAAGAAGCCGCCCAACUAGGCGCUCUGCCGCCGCCCGGCGGAGCUAUGCUAUCGAAGAAACCUCCGAAGAGGAGGAUCCCGGAAAUGUCACCCCCACGGCAUCUCAGCACGACGAAGACGACAACGAUAGCGGCGAAGCCACGCCUGUGCCCAAGAAACCCAGAAUUGAAAAGAGGUCCUCGCGCAGGCGAGCUACAGUUGAGCAGACUACACCCAAGGCCACGCGCACUACACGGAGAUCUCGCAGGUCGGCAACCGCAGAAUUGUCGGAGGCGUCGCAACUCACAGAUACCAACGACAAUGAAGGCGACAGCGUCGCGUCAGUGGAAGAGACCGAGACUGCCUCACAGGUCACAGCAUCGGUAAAGAAAAUAACCAGUAUGGCUCACCCCCGCAAGAGUCGUGUCUCCUACACGCCCAACCCGGAAAUGUCCUUACUCCCAACUCCAGAGCCCUCCGUCUCGCCGCCCCCGUCCCAACCCCGAUCGCAGAGGGGCAGUGUGCCCCCACUUGCUGAUAUCACUGAAUCGGCUGUGAACCAGACGCCCGCGAAGUCCGAAAGCGAGGAAAAGCCCCAAAUAGCCAUGAUCAACCCCAAUACGACCGUUCUCGAAAAGCCGAUGGAUAUCAUGAUGAAGUCUCGGUUGCUGGGCCCCUCAGCACCCGAGGAGCCAUCCGAACCUAAGAGCCGCUUGAUUAUUACUACACUAAUUUUGAUGAAUUUCAAGAGUUACGCAGGCAAGCAGAUCGUCGGGCCCUUCCAUGCCUCUUUCUCGUCGGUUGUUGGACCAAACGGAUCCGGAAAGUCCAAUGUCAUCGAUGCGUUGCUCUUUGUCUUCGGUUUUCGAGCCAGCAAGAUGCGACAGGGCAAGGUUUCCGCUCUCAUUCACAAUUCCGCCAACUUCCCCAACUUGCCCUACUGUGAAGUCGAAGUCCACUUCCAGGAAGUCCUUGACUUGCCCACCGGAGGGCAUGAAGUAGUCCCAGAUUCCCAACUGAUUAUCUCCCGAAAGGCAUUUAGAAACAACAGCAGCAAGUACUACAUGAACGGCAAGGAGACGAACUUUACCGCCGUGACCACCCUGCUCCGCGACCGCGGCAUUGACCUGGACCAUAAGCGUUUCCUUAUUCUCCAAGGUGAAGUCGAGUCAAUCGCACAGAUGAAGGCCAAGGCUGCCAACGAGCAUGAAGAUGGUCUUCUGGAGUACCUCGAGGAUAUUAUCGGAACCUCUAAAUACAAGACGCCCAUCGACGAAGCAGCCGCUGAGCUGGAGACGCUGAACGACGUCUGUAUGGAAAAGAACAACCGUGUACAGCAUGUAGAGAAGGAGAAGAACGCCUUGGAAGAAAAAAAGGACAAGGCACUCGCCUUCAUCCGUGACGAGAAUGAGCUGGCUCAGAAACAGUCCGCACUUUACCAGAUUUACAUCAAUGAGUGCGGGGACAACAUCCGAGUGACCGAAGAAGCCAUCCUGCAGAUGCAAGAGCUUUUGAACCUCGAGCUAGAGAAGCACGAGGGCAACGAGUCCGGUAUCAAAGAGCUCGAGAAGGCGUACAAGCGUGGCAUGCGGGAAUAUGAGAGCAUGGAAAAGGAGAUGCAGGCCUUGGCCAAGGAAAUGGCUAAGUACGACAAAGAAUCUGUCAAGUUUGAAGAGAAGAAGAAGUUCCUGGUAGGAAAGCAGAAGAAGCUGGAGAAGGCCAUGCAGAGUACUCGACUUGCUGCCUCUGAGUGUGAAAGUUUGGUGCAAAAGCAUGCCGACGACAUUGAAAGGAAAUCUAAGGAGACUACACAGCUUGAGAAGGAGAUGAAGGUGGAGGAGGAGGAAUUGAACUCGAUCCGUGAGAGCCUCAAAGGCAAAACCCAGGGCCUCUCAGACCAAAUCACAGCAAAGCAAAAGUCGUUGGAGCCUUGGGAUGAGAAGAUCAACAAGAAGCUUUCGGCUGUUGCUGUGGCUCAGAGUCAACUUGACAUCAUCCGUGAGAGAAGCAACGCGGGUGCUGUCCUGUUGGAAGAGGCUCAGGCCAAGGUGGCUUCGAUCGAAGAGGGCUUGGCUACCAAGGAGACCGAGCUUGAGGAACGCAAGGAGCAGAAGUCGACACUUGAACAAGAGGUCGAGAAGCUCAAGCAUGACCUCAAGAAGUAUGCCCACAGAGAACCUGAAGUGCGAGCCCAUGUCUCGAGUGCUCGACAGAAGGCAGAUGAGGCAAGGGCCAGUCUUGCAAGCACUCAAAAUCGCGGCAGCGUUCUAUCUGGACUUAUGCGUCUUAAGGAGUCGGGCCGUAUUGAAGGCUUCCACGGCCGGCUCGGAAACCUCGGAACUAUCGACGAGAAAUAUGAUGUCGCUAUCUCGACUGCCUGUCCAGCGCUGGACAACAUGGUGGUUGAUACGGUUGAGGUCGGUCAGCAGUGUAUCGACUACCUGCGUAAGAACAAUCUCGGCCGAGCCAAUUUCAUUCUUCUGGAUCGACUCCCACGGCGGGAUCUGUCCUCCAUCGCAACUCCGGAGAAGGUCCCUCGACUUUUUGACCUGGUUAAGCCUAAAGACUCCAAGUUUGCCCCCGCAUUUUACAGUGUCAUGCAGAACACCUUGGUUGCUAAAGACCUCGAGCAAGCCAACCGCAUUGCCUAUGGAGCCAGACGGUGGAGGGUUGUUACCCUUGAUGGUCAACUCAUUGACAUGUCUGGUACUAUGAGUGGUGGUGGUACCCGCGUAGCACGUGGCGGCAUGUCCUCCAAGCAAGUGGCAGAGACAAGCAGAGAGCAAGUUGCUCAGCUCGAGGGGGAUUUGGAAGAAAUGGAGAGGAAGUUCCAGCGCUUCCUAGAAAAGCAACGGCAAAUGGAGGCAGCGAUCAGAGAGAGGUCCGAGGAGAUACCACGGGCGGAGACCAAGAUUCAGAAGAUCAUGAUCGAGAUCGAAAGUGCCAACAGAAGUCUUGCAGAUGCCCAGCGGCGCGUCAAGGAACUGAGCGCCGAGCACAAGCCAUCAAAGACGGACGCGAACCAAGCUGCAGCUCUAGAGAAACAGAUUGCUGCUCUGGAGGAAGAAAUCGAAGACCUUCGUGAACAAAAGGGCGGCAUCGAGGAAGAAAUCCAGACUCUCCAGAAUAAGAUUAUGGAAGUUGGUGGUGUUAGACUACGUGGUCAGAAGGCCAAGGUCGACGGUCUCAAGGAGCAGAUCAGCCUUCUUGCAGAGGAGAUUUCCAAUGCAGAAGUUGGAAAGUCAAAGAACGAGAAGGCCAUCGUCAAGCACCAGAAUUCCCGUGCUGACGCAGAGAAGGAGCUUGAGCAUGUGACAGAGGAGCUAGAGAAGCUCAAUGCGGAUGUUGCCAACCAGGCCAACGAUGCCUCAGGGUGGAAACAGAAGGUGGAGGAAGCGGAAGAGGCGCUCGACGAAAAGAAAGAGGACCUUGGCAAGGUGAAGGCUGAGUUAGAUGAAAAGGUUGCUGAAUUGAACGAGUCCCGAGCCACCGAGAUCGAGAUGCGCAAUAAGCUUGAGGAGAACCAGAAAGCCUUGGCCGAGAACGAAAAGCGCGGGCGGUACUGGCAAGAAAAGUUAUCCAAACUUUCGUUGCAGAAUGUCAGCGAUCUGGGUGAAGAGCAGGAGGCCACAGAGCUCCAGAUGUUCACUCAAGAUGAGUUGAUGGAGAUGAACAAGGAGUCGUUGAAGGCAGCCAUUGCUGCCCUCGAGGAGAAGAGCCAGAAUGCAUCGGUCGACCUUAGUGUCAUCGAGGAGUACAGGCGCAGAACGGCUGAACACGAAGCACGUUCGGCCGAUCUGACCACUGCGUUGGCGUCGCGCGACAGUGCCAAGGCUCGUCUUGAUGGCCUCCGAUCUGCUCGUCUGAACGGGUUCAUGGAAGGCUUCGGCAUUAUCUCGCUUCGUCUGAAGGAGAUGUACCAGAUGAUUACGAUGGGAGGUAACGCGGAGCUGGAAUUGGUCGACUCUCUGGAUCCGUUCUCUGAGGGUAUCUUGUUCUCCGUCAUGCCUCCGAAGAAGAGCUGGAAGAACAUUGGUAAUCUGUCCGGUGGUGAGAAGACACUUUCCAGUUUGGCGCUGGUAUUCGCCUUGCAUCACUACAAGCCGACUCCCUUGUACGUGAUGGACGAAAUCGAUGCUGCCCUGGACUUCCGGAACGUUUCGAUUGUGGCAUCUUAUAUCAAGGAGAGAACUAAGAAUGCUCAGUUUAUUGUUAUUUCUCUGAGAAACAACAUGUUCGAACUUGCCUCUCGACUGGUCGGUGUUUACAAGGUCAACCACAUGACCAAGAGUGUGACGAUCGAAAACAAGGACUACAUUACGGGGCGAUGA